AUGUUCGAGGAUUUCACCUUCGAUCAGAGGGUGAAUCCGGGCACCGCCCCCGACCCGGACACGCGCCUCUCUCCCACAGACGUCCCGGCAGACUGGUCCUCGUCGCAACGCCUAGCUGCCCCGACACAGAGCAGCUCCACCCCAUAUCAACGCACUCAACGCACUCAACGCAACUCGGAGACCAUCGAUACACUCGCCCAUCAACUGAGUAGGCAGUCGCUGCUAUCGCGGACCCAGCAUGAAGGCCUUGAAAGCAUCUCCGUUCCAGUUGAGGAUGCUUCGUCGCAACGCAGUCCCGUCGCAUCAUCUUCCGUCCCAAGUCAGGCUCCGCUAGCUCAACAACCAAGCGAAACCCUACAGAAUUCGCCGCCACGGAACCUUGAUCGAGCACAGUCGCAAUUGCCUGACAGUCGAACGGAUCUAGUGGCCUCUUGUGCCUCUGGGCCACAGCCACGCAUCGAUACCCGAUGCCAGACCAACCCUUCCAACCCUCGUGCCGUACGUGAGGCGCUGAUGGAGAUUAUGAUUGCACAUGGUGUGCAGUGCAACGUGCAGAACUCAUCGCCUCCUACGCCCGUCUCGAAUUCGCAGCCCGGCUUCCCAAGUGGCUCGUCUACAGAUCCCAUAGAGCCGGCCGACCAGUCUAUGCUGGACGCCUUGGAGCCCCUGGAAGUCGACAUGGAUUUUCGCGAGCAGGAGGAGGAGGCGCUCAUCAGAAACCUGGUUACCCUCCGUCAGGCGGGCAUGGCUGGAGGAAUUCGAAAACCCAAUGGGCUGAAAUUCUGCACCUCCACAGAAGCAGCCUUGAAAUGCAAGAACUUGAAGCGAAACAAGUUAAAGAUGCGGAAACGUGAUAGGUCGAAGCCGAUGCUCACACCGCCGCCCGAAGCGCCGGUGGGCUCUGUGUCGAUUUAA